AUGGACAAGGGUAGUGAAGAGCAAGAUGCGGCGGUAGCAUCAAGCUCAGAACCACCAGAUGUUAAAGAGACGUCCUUAAAAGAUGUCAUAACAAUACGAUCGUCCAAUUCAUCGAAUCGUUCAAAGGCAUCAUCAGUACCACCUGACACUAAUGAUAAUGCUGCUGCUACUGCUGCCGAAAACAAUGAUAAUAAUCCUAAUAUUGAACGUAUUCCUAUGAAACUGGUUAGUCCCAUUGGUGGUGAAGCUUUCACGUUUUAUUGGCCAUUACGUGAAGCCGAUGAAUAUAGUGAAGGACUUGAGAUUAUCGAACUUGUCAAGGAAGCGUUGUCUUCAUUUCCCGAAGUGGAAUUUGUUGUACAUCGUAAGUGCUCAAUUAAUACAAUCGAUAAACGCGAUUUUCAACAAAUGAGCGCUCUCUUGGACACAUUCAACAAAUCAAUUGGGACAAUAUCACAUUUGUGGAAAGGUGCGACGAAGCCGGGUGGUGAAAUAUGGUCAACGGAACGUGCAGAUCCGUCGCUGUUGAAGCACAUAUGUGCUCGUGCUUACAAUCGUGCAGUUGAUAACGUUCAUCUACUCAACAAUCACUACAAAGCGUUCUCAUCCGAAACCUAUGGAGAAACGUCAUUCGAACGUAUGCAAAGUAUUAUCGAGGAGAUUGUUCCCAAAGAACGAGAUGUGUUCGUUGAUCUGGGCAGUGGUGUGGGUCAACUUGUGAUUCAUAUGGCUGGCGGAUCGAGAGUGAAGAAGGCAGUUGGCAUUGAAAUUGCUACGUUACCAUGCAAAUAUGCUGACAAUCUCAGUGCUGAAUUCAAGAAGUGGAUGAAAUGGUACGGUAAGAAGUUUCGUCCAUUUGAACUGUUUGAGGGGGAUUUUUUGAGUGAACAGUUCCGCGAUUUGAUCACCAAAGAGGCAACCAUAAUUUUCAUCAACAACUAUGCAUUCACUGCAAUGCUGGAAAAUAGAAUUAAGAGAGAACUGUUAUCAGAGUUGAAAGAUGGUACACGAAUAAUUUCAACAAAACCGUACGGAACACCGAAUCGAUCGAUCACCAACCGUCAAUUGAAUGAUAUCUCGGCUAUAUUGGACGUUCACGAGAUGGUUGAAUGUGAGAACGCAUGCUCAUGGACAAGCAACUAUGUGCCUUAUUACCAUCACACAAUCAAUCGAGCGAAGCUUGAGAAGUACUUUCUGUCGCAGCGUAAUCCCAUAUUACGUCAUGAUGGCAUUGGAUCAGAAGGAAGUCGACGCUCAUCAACGUCCAGUAAAACGUCACGUGAAAGUGCACCUGGCUCGUCGAAUGCAUCUCGUGAAUCCAGUGUCUCAUUACCACCUCGUCGAAGUAGCACACCAACACGUGCGCUCAGCAACAUCAACAACAGUACCCUUCGUAAAAGCCGUACCAACAGUAAGUCACCAAAUCCACGUCAACGAGCCUCACCACCGCCGAAUCAUUCAGAUGAUGAUGAUGAGCAUGCCAUUGGUCCAACAACGCGUCGUAAAUGGCAAGAGUAUUGCUCAACGAAGAGUAGUAAAGUUGAUAAAACGACGGUACAUGCUCAUAGCAGUAGUACUGUGACGAGUUCAGAGAAUGACCCAGCUGACGUGGUCACCAAAUGGCCUACUCCUGAUAGCGAAUACUUGCCGCCGUCAAUUAAGAAAAAGAAGACUGGUGCGGGUAGAGGACGUCCGCGCAAGAAUCCCCUUCCAUCAAAGCCAAUUCGUGAAGAAACAAAAGAGGCGAUCGAUUUGAUGCAUCAGAUGACGCGCACUGCCACAGCACGCCCUACCUCACCAGUUCGUGAAUCUUCACUCAUCGUCACUGACCUCUCAACAACUGCAGCGACCAUACAACAAACUGUAGCGCCUUCUCUGGACGCUGAUAAUGCAAAUCUAACUCAUUCCGAUACACUUCAUUCUAGCAAAUAUCCGGCACUUAAUCUUUUGCUUGAAUGGCUUCGCAAGUGUUAUGAAGCUCACAUUGAAGCAAUGGCAUGCCCGAACUAUAUGGCCCGUAUAACGAGUCAAAUUGAUGGCUUAAGAAUGCAACAAGCGUCAAUGCACGCACGGAUUGAUUCGUUGCACAAGCAAAUAACGCAGUUAUUGGGUAGUGGUGUACGAUGUUUACAUGCUCGUCUCGAUGAGUUGGGCAUUGAUGCAAAUACGCCUUCGUUACUUCUUGAAAGUGCAAAAGACAUUGUUGCACGUCAUAAAAAGAUCACUGCAGAAUGUGCUGCAUUGGAGAAUGAGAUUACCGCAUUGGAUUUGUCAAAUAAGCAAAUGGAAGUGCGUAAACGUCGUCGUGAGGAGAGUAUGUCGACUGCAAACGUCCCCAACGAACGACCACCGAUCUAUGCACCAUCAAUUGCGAUCGCUGCCGAAAACUACCAAGCACUUGAGAAUCAGAACAAAAAUAUUAUGAAUCGUAUGGCUGCGCUUGCUGCAAAGAUGGAAGUGUUGCCAAGUGGUGAUGGAGUAGCGACGUGUGUUGGUGAUGCAACAGCAACGCAAGCACACGACAUCUCAUCGUCGUGUGCCUCAACCGCAUCCGACAUAGUGCAGCAGCAUACAACACCCAGCACUCUUGCCUGCUAUACCACAAAUAUUGUCAGCAGUCAACCUCAGUCCAUCACGUCAGUGUCGAGUACAAGCCAGCAACAACAACAACCGCUCAUUACAACUACAAACCCAUUGAAACGUGCACGUAGUCGUACGUCACGCAGUGGACCAGCUAAUAAACGUCUCAUAUCAACCAGUGGCAAACUUCCUAAUGAUCCGAAAGAAGAAGAGGAAAUGGAACGCAAAAUCCAGGAUAUUGUUGCGAAAGCACUCGAGGUGGACAGUGCAGCGAAGUGGGCUGAGAAGGAACGUCGUGCGCGUGGUGAGAAGCGUAAAGAUAAGACGAGUGGUAAUGCCGUGGCUUCGGCAUCUGGAGCAGCACGUCGCACUGAUGACACGUUGAGUAGAACGCCAAGUGUGGCUGCAUCAGUUUCAGAGGCUUGUGUUUCAGGUGCAACGAUGUUGAGCCCAUCGAGAACAUAUGAAGGUGGCAACGUGGUUGGGGGGCAAUCGUCGGCUGCAAUUAUGACGGCAUCAGCCGAAGUGGAUAGCGCAAGGUCUGAUGAAGACUGA